AUGUCCACACACGAAAACAACCCGGCCAACUUUGCCAACCUUCCCAAGGAAGAAGUUCGAGCUAUUGCCUCCAAGGGAGGCAGGGCUUCUCACGGUGGUCACGGACAUCAGGCCGACAACGAUGACAGCAAGUCAUCCUCCAACGAGCGUCACGAUACUCCAGGUUCACACCUGCCCGACCGCAAUCCUGACGGCACUUUCAAGAAAUCCGUAUCCACUUCAGACGAUUCUCAUCCCGAAGGCCGUAACCCUGAUGGCACCUUCACCAAAGGCUCCGAAGCAGCUGCCGAAGCGGGUCACAAAGGCGGCCUGAACAGUCACAAACACGAUGCCUCCAAGAGUGUCGAUGGCGCACAAGACGAGAGUGGCGAAUCCUCUCACCCGCCUGGUCGGAACCCCGACGGGACAUUCAUCAAGGGCUCUCAAGCUGCUGCUGAAGCCGGACACAAAGGCGGUCAGCACAGCCACAAGAACGACGAUUCCAAGGUCGAACAUUCCAAGCAGCACGAUGAGUCUGCUCAUCUCCCUGGUCGCAACCCCGACGGUACCUUUACAAAGGGCUCUGAAGCUGCUUCUGAAGCUGGCCACAAGGGCGGCCUAAACAGCCACAAGCACGAUGAUGCCAAGAAGAACGAGGAGUCUGAAGGCUCAUCUCACCUCCCUGGUCGCAACCCUGACGGGACCUUCACUAAGGGUUCCCAGGCUGCUGCUGAAGCUGGCCACAAGGGUGGACAACACUGA